AUGGAGCCUCGCCAGGUGCCCAGGAGCUCCCGGGCGCGGCUCCUGCUGCUGCUCCUGCUGCUCGUGCCCUGGGGCGUCCGCACGGCCUCGGGCGCCGCCCUGCCCCCCGCGGGGGUCUUCAGCCUCCGCACCCCCGGCGGAACCUGGGCGGCCCGGGCCGGCCCCCCGUCGCGGCGGAGCCUGGCCCUGGCCGACGACGCGGCCUUCCGGGAGCGCGCGCGGAUGCUGGCCGCCCUGGAGCGCCGCCGCUGGCUGAACUCCUACAUGCACCGGCUGCUGGUGCUGGACGCGCGCUGA